AUGGGAACUAGGGUAAAGAAAUUAAGGGCGAAGAAAGUAGAAGGGCUCUUAAUGCAAAUAGCCAGUCUAGAAAGGAAACACAAAUCCAAUAUGUCAGAAGAAGCUCAACAUAACUUGGAUCUAUUACGCUCCCAAUUAAAAGACGUGCUCAAUGUUACAUCUGCCAGAGCUUUGCAAAAGUUAAGGUUUAAAUAUUAUUCGCAUGGAGACAAGGGUUCUAGACUAGUGUCGGCUCUUUUGAAGGCCCAGAGAAACAAAACCUUUAUUAGUGCGGUGAAGACUAAAUCGGGUAAUAGAAUGACGACGACCCCUGCCAUUGCCGAGGAAUUUUGUAAAUUCUAUACCUCAUUAUACAACCUAGAGGACGCCUCUAGAGAUGCUCCUCCCCAUAUGCAGGAUCACAUUGAUACGUUCCUUCAAUCCAUAAAAAUUCCUACCCUCAAUGAAGCUGGGAAAGCUAGCCUAUUAAUACCUUUCACUAUCAAGGAGAUAGAAGCAACUCUCCACACUAUCCCGUCUGGCAAAAGCCCGGGACCUGACGGAUUCCCGAUUGCCUAUUAUAAAAAAUUCAAGGAGGUAUUGUUGCCUCACUUUGCUAAUUUAUGCAACUCUCUGAUGUCGGGUUCUUCUCUCACUCCCCAGGCCCAAUUGGCCCACAUAAGUAUUUUACAUAAAGAAGGGAAAGACCCGGAGGAAUUGCUUAAUACAGAUUUGAAAUGGUGGGCGAAGCUCUUGAGCCAGCGCAUUUCCAAAUUGCUCCCAGGGCUAAUAGGAGAAGAACAGGUCAUUGAUGCUAUAUUUUCAUUAUACUCAGCCCCUUCAGCCAAAGUGUUGGUUAAUGGAACUCUGUCGGACGCCUUUCAGAUUAAGAAUGGAACUAGGCAGGGGUGCCCACUUUCUCCAACCCUGUUUGUUUUGAACUUGGAGACCCUCUUGUUGAAAUUUAGACAGUCCCCCGUCAUUGAAGGACUGAGAAUUGAAGGUGUACAUCAUAAGAUGGUGGCCUUUGCUGAUGACCUUCUUCUGAUGAUCACGAACCCAGAGGAAGCCAUGCCUCAUGUCCUGGGAAUUUUUGAACAGUUUGGAGGUGUCUCUAAUUUCAAAAUAAAUAUGGAUAAAUCCGAAGCCUUAAGUUUCUCAUUGGAUCCUCCAUUUUCAUGUUCGGAAUGUGGGGAAUGUUUUAGUCAUAAAUUAUGUCUUGUAAAACAUCUGAGAAUUCACACAGGGGAGAAACAUCAGAAAGUUCAUACAGGAGAGAAACCAUAUCCAUGUCCUGAAUGUGAGAAAUGUUUUACUGAUCAAUCAAGUUAUAAUAAACAUCAGAAAGUUCAUACAGGAGAUAAACCAUUUAUAUGUCCUGAAUGUAAGAAAUGCUUUAAUCGGAAAGAUCAUCUUAAAACACAUCUGAGAACUCAUACAGGAGAGAAGCCCUAUUCAUGUCCUGAAUGUGGAAAGUGUUUUAGUAUAAAAUCAAGUCUUGAGGUGCAUCAGAGAAUUCACACAGGGGAGAAGCCAUUUUCAUGUCCAGAAUGUGAGAAAUGUUUUAGUAGCAAAUCACAUCUUAUUAAACAUCAGAAAACUCACACAGGGGAGAAGCCAUUUUCAUGCCCUGAAUGUGGGAAAUGUUUUAAUUAUAAAUAUAAUCUUGUGCAGCAUCAGAGAAUUCACACAGGGGAAAAGCCAUUUUCAUGUCCAGAAUGUGAGAAAUGUUUUAGUAGCAAAUCAAAUCUUAUUAAACAUCAGAAAACUCACACAGGGGAGAAACCAUUUCCAUGUCCUGAAUGUGAGAAAUGUUUUACUGAUAAAUCAAGUUAUAAUAAACAUCAGAAAGUUCAUACAGGAGAUAAACCAUUUAUAUGUCCUGAAUGUGAGAAGUGCUUUAUUCGGAAAGCUCUUCUUAAAACACAUCUGAGAACUCAUACAGGAGAGAAGCCCUAUUCAUGUCCUGAAUGCGAAAAGUGUUUUAGUAUAAAAUCAAGUCUUGAGCUGCAUCAGAGAAUUCACACAGGGGAGAACCAAUUUUCAUGUACCGAAUGUGAGAAAUGUUUUAGUAAGAAAUCUAAUCUUAUUCAACAUCAGAGAACUCACACAGGAGAGAACCCAUUUUCAUGCUCAGAAUGUGGAAAGUUGUUUAGUGUGAAAUCAAGUUUUGUGAGACACCUGAAAAUUCACACAGGAGAGAACCCAUUUUCAUGCUCAGAAUGUGGAAAGUUGUUUUGUGUGAAAUCAAGUUUUGUGAGACACCUGAAAAUUCACACAGGAGAGAAACCAUUUUCAUGCACUGAAUGUGGAAAGUGUUUUAGUGAGAAAUCAAGUCUUGAGGUGCAUCAGAGAAUUCACACAGGG